AUGAGCAGGCUAAGGCCUCUCCAAGGGGCCUGCAAUUGCGGCCGCAACUUGUAUUCCGUGAUUGUUCCGGAAGGCGCAACGGAGCAAGCACAAGUCUAUUUUGACGACAGUAGUGACAGCAGACGCAGUCAAGCUACACCGUUAACGGCAUGGCUACGGGUUCCCUUAACCUGGUACUUCUCGUCGACACAAGCCUUCUUCCCAGACGAAACCCAUUCCUCAAUUCGACGCACCUUCAUACCUAGGCAUGACAGUCACAGCCAGCGCGUGUUCUGCGGCUAUUGUGGAACACAUCUGUCCUACUGGACCGAACAACCUCCCGCCGAAGCCGAGUACAUUAAUAUUACUCUGGGCAGUCUUCUGAGCCAGCAUCUUCGUUCGCUUCAAGAACUGGACCUACUCCCGGAAGACCUCGAGCUGAUUGAUGUACAGCCCGCGCAGCAGGGUCUCGUUCAAGCCCAAACAGAACAAGCCGUAGCUAGUCUGGGGGACAGUCCAGCGCUCACUCGAACACGCCGGACUGGUAGGAGUGGGGACUUAUCAUGGUUUGAAGAACUGCUUGAGGGAAGUCGCUUAGGUCGUGCCCAAAACAUUAGACGUGGCGUGGGAGUCAGUGCAGAUGGGUCUACGUCGGUGGAAUGGGAGAUCUCCGAGUAUAUCGAGGACGGAAGCGAGGAGCCCACGUCCGCUGCUACACCUACGGGCUCAAAACGCAAAAUCGGCGAUGUCGGUGCAGGCGAUGCAAUGAUCCUAUGA